AUGGCAUCAAGAGAGCAUUUACAACUUUCAUGCGCCAAACGGAUGUUGUAUGUUAUCAGCCGGAGAUUUCGACGCCUUUGCUUGAAGGUACGGCAGCUGAUAUGGCGUCAUCGGAGGCCUAAACUUGUAAUCAGAAGGCUUGGUAAUCUGAAUUCAAAAGGACAGAUUAGAGAAAAAUCAUACACAAAAUCAGCAACCCGAAAUAAUAUUCGCCAAGUGAGGGGCACGUCUUUACAGAGGCCUGUUCGACUUGCCACUUUCAAUGCGGCCUUAUUCUCCCUUGCACCUGCUAUUCCUAAGGUUGAGAAAUCAGUUGUCUGCUUUCAUGAAGAGGAGGAUUAUUCGAAGUUCGGGAAUCCUUUGAAGUCUGCAAAUGGUUGUCCCAAGGGCAUACUCAAACAAUCUCCACUUCACCCCACGAUCAGUGGUUCUGAAAGUGAGAACAAACUCACUAAAUCAAGACCAAAAGUUUCAAUAAAUCUUCCUGAAAAUGAGAUAUCAUUAGCACAGAAUAAGGUUCUUAAUGUUAUCGAAGAUUCAUCGACAAAUUUUAGUUUCAACAACAAUAUCCUGGCUCACCUGAGGUCUCCCAUAUGCUUCCCUGUGGCAAAUUGGAUCAACGACGCGAGUUUGUAUGGAAGUCGAACCAUAUUUGAUGUGCUUAAAGAAGUGGAUGCAGAUAUAUUGGCAUUACAAGAUGUGAAGGCUGAGGAAGAAAAAGAUAUGAAGCCAUUAUCCGAUUUGGCUCGUGCCUUGGGGAUGAAUUAUGUGUUUGCUGAGAGCUGGGCUCCUGAGUAUGGCAAUGCUAUUCUUUCAAAAUGGCCUAUUAAGAAAUGGAAGGUUCAAAAAAUCUACGAUGAUAAAGAUUUCAGGAAUGUGAUUAAAGCUACAAUUGAUGUGCCUUGGGCGGGGGAACUAAAUUUCUACUGCACCCAACUUGAUCACUUAGACGAAAACUGGAGGAUGAAACAGAUUAAUGCAAUAAUCCAAUCAAAUGAUCAUCCCCAUAUUUUAGCAGGAGGCAUCAACUCUCUUGAUGCAUCAGAUUAUUCAUCAGAGAGGUGGAUGAACAUUGUAAAGUAUUACGAGGAUCUGGGAAAGCCAACGCCAAAAGCUGAAGUAACGAAAUUCUUGAAGGAAAAAGAGUACACCGAUGCUAAAUAUUUUCCGGGGGAAUGUGAACCAGUGGUUAUGAUUGCCAAAGGCCAAGAUGUACAGGGGACAUGCAAGUAUGGAACUAGAGUUGAUUACAUUUUGGGUUCACGGGGCCUGCCCUACAAGUUCGUGCCUGGAUCCUACUCAGCGAUUUCAUCGAAAGGCACUUCUGAUCAUCACAUAGUUAAAGUAGAUGUAAUGAGAGUAGCAGAUAGUACUCAAAAAAUUAAAAGGGGAUGGAAAAAGCUAAAUCAAAGAGUCGAAAACAUGACAAAUUCUUGUUCUUCUAGAGGUAUUGGGGAUUAA